UACAGCUUCAGUCAAACACACUUGCUGACUGGAUCACAAGAAGAUAGAAGUCAACAGACUCCUGCAUAAACAUUUUCAUCAUGACAUGGUUAUCUCUGGCUGUCUUCCUCUUGGGCUCUCUGGUCUGUCUGCCAGAUGAGUCUCUAGCCAUGGCAGUAAACAAAGAACAUGUUUCAGGCCUCAGGAUGGCAGAUGCUCAUUCAUCCCUGCGCUCUAGGCGAAUGGUGGGGGGAUCUCUGGGCACCGUCCCAUGGCAGGCAAUGGUUUAUCUCAGUGAGGGUGCGCUGGAUGGGGGCUUCGCUGGUGGAGCUCUCAUAGCUGAUCGCUGGGUUUUGACUGCUGGAAGAAAUCUCUUUGUGAGGAAGAGUCGUGAGCACACCAAAGGAAAAGAGCCCAUCAUCCCAAAAGUAUACUUGGGUAUGUCAAACCGCAAAAAGGCCAAAGACGCAGAAGUUGCCGUAGAGAAGGUAUUCCUGCACCCUGAGUUCCAGAAUGUGUCUGAAUGGGACAAUGAUUUGGCUCUGAUCAAGCUGAAGGAGCCGGUCAGCUACAGUGACUCCAUUAUGCCCAUCCCAUUGCCCGAGGGGGGAGAGGAACCUGCCCUGAAGGAGGGAGAGAAAGGCGUUAUUGCUGGAUGGGGCUGGGGAGCACUUUUGACACCUGCUGAAAUCCUCAAAUUUCUUGCUCUUCCUAUUGCCUCCCAAAGCGAAUGCCGAGCUGAGUAUCAGGAUAGAGGGGAGGUCAGCAGACCAAACGUCGAUGAUAAAAUGUUCUGCACAGGACCAACCAAAUUCCAGGAGAAUGUGUGCUUUGGAGAUGCAGGAGGUGCACUGGUGCUCAAGGACCCAAGAGACAGCAGUGUAUAUGCAGCUGGCAUACUCUCUUUUGAUAAGUCCUGUACUUCAGAGAAGCAUGCUGUUUACACCAAAAUAUCUGCCUACCUUCCAUGGAUCCACAGUGUUAUGAGAGGAGACACUGAGAAAUUCUCUGCUCUCCGUACUUCCAUAGUAACUGAGAUGUUGGCAAAAGGGGCAUAAUGUGUCAUGCCCCCCCCCCCCCCCCCCCCCCCCACAC